GUCAUGUAUGCAUGUAAGCGUGAGGAUAAUUUGCUGUAGAAGAAAGAAAGCACAUCCUUGGAAAGGUUUUGCAGUGUUGGAGUUUGGCAAUUAGAGCAGAAGUAUGACAAGAGAAACGGGAAUGAUGAACACAACCAGCCUUGAUGAUCCUCUGAGUCCAAGACAGCUAACCGGAUUGGGUAUGAGCUGUCCUCUCUCUCCGAAGUACAAACACUUAGGGCCGGGGCUCAGCUGUCUUCAGGAGUACAACCAGUGGAUACCUUACCGCCAUGAUGCCAGCCUCCUGCCUAUGAAAGAGGAUCUGGCCCUCUGGCUCAACUCCAUUAUGGGGUUGAACCUCACAGCAGACAGUUUGAUGGAAAAGUUGGAUAAUGGCGUUCUCCUCUGUCAACUAGCACAAAUGCUCCAAGAGAAGAUGAUUCUCGCCAGCAAUGACAAGUCCUUUGUCAGAAGAGUGCUCCAUUGGCGAGCUGAUGCAACUUCUGGAUCAUUUUUCGCCCGUGACAAUACCGCCAACUUCCUCUACUGGUGUCGAAAGAUUGGAGUUGAUGAGGCGUACCUUUUUGAGUCUGAGGAUUUAGUCCUCCAUAAGCAACCUCGGGAGGUGUGCCUAUGCCUGAUGGAGCUGGGUCGGAUUGCAGCCAGGAAUGGAGUGGAGCCACCAGGGCUGGUGAAGCUGGAAAACAUAGAAAGAGAGGAGGCUGGGUGCUUAUCUCCAUCAUCUCCUCUCUACUGUUUUUAUCCAGCAUCAUUGUAUUCACCACCAACAUCCUCCCUACCCCCCGCCUCCUCCCUUCUUCUUUCACCUGCCCCCCUCACUUCGAACACAACCUGUCUGCCUGAACCUCUCGCUGCCUCCUUUGCCUCUGAUCUUCCAUCAGCCACCACAAACCCUCUGCCUACAUCCUCUCCCUCUCCCCCUCCCCAGCCCCCCCUCUCAGCCACUAACCUUUGUACAAGGAUAGCCUCAACACAACCGUCUUUGUUCUCUUCAUCCUGCGCCGCUGACACAUCUGCUUCAGCUCUGCUGUCAGCACACCUAACAGACCAAACUCUGGGAUCCUCUGCUGAGGUCUGCCCUGCCACAGAAAACAAACAUACUCCUGCAGUCUGCAAAGCUGCCAUCACCUCUCAGCCAGCAACACAAACCUCUAGUUCUUCCAACAAGUCCAAAAACCGGAGGAGCAUGAGCACAAGCAUUUUGGAUGAUAUUGUGAGAACCAUUAUCGAAAAUCCCCCCUGCAGUUGUCCCACCAGGUUCCCUGUUGAAAAGCAGCCAAAAGGCUGCUACCGUGUAGGGGACAAGGUUCUGUAUUUACGGAUGCUGAAUGAACGUGAUGUCAUGGUUCGUGUUGGUGGUGGGUGGGACACUUUCAUUAGUUACCUGCAGAAACACGACCCCUGCAGAGGUGGAGGAGGAAGAGGAGGAAGGGGGAUGCCAGGCAAGUCUGAUGUCAGGGUCUGUCGGGACAAAGUGAAGCCAGCCAGCCUGAACGUAUCAACAGAAAAUUACAUGGUUGUUGGUGUCCACCAUCGGGGAAAGAAGUAGAGUCUCAAACGUUGUCUGGCCUUAGGAACAGUUAUUUUAAUCAAACUGUUGGAAACCCUUUUUACCUCAGUGUCUAAAAUCCAUCUUUUUUUUUUUUAUAGAUUACUGACAGAGAUGACUUUUAGAAUAUCUGUGAUGAUUUUAUGUAGUAGCUUGCAAAAAGUAGCUGGCUUAAAAAUGACAUUUAUCAACCUUUAAAAACUUUGACAGUCAAUAAAUCUAAACAGUCUAGCUGACCUAAAGAUUUUGGCUACUAUUGACUUUUACACGAUUAAAUAAAGCAGAAAAUCUAACACCUUGAGAAGUAAGGGAUUAACAUUGAGAUAGCUGCUUCUAGAACCAGUUUUUUCAGUUGUGGCGACCAUGACACACAGGAUCUGAUCUGUUACCCAUGUUUUACUGCUCUGACCAAGGCCUUUCUUAUGAAUUAGGAUCUGUUCAUUAUAAUUUGCCUAUCCCACUGAUGAUGUUCCUGAAUCUUCAAAACAUGCAAUGUGUUUAUGAACCUGAAGUGUUAUGAUCAAACUGUUUAUACACUUUUCAAUACAUGGCAGUGCCCUUUGAAGGGAACAAUCUUGUUCUUCUAGUUUAGAAGUCAAUAAACUUUUAUAAGAAACCAGAAAUAAUUGAGGAUCAGUUAUAAAUUUAAAUAAUGAUUAAUGUGUUCAACUCUGAAUGCAAACUUGUCUUUUUCUUCUUACUGUAUAUCGAACACUGUGAAAUUCUGGGGGAGUAAGCAGGUCUUGCCAGCAAUAGAUGAUUUAAUCUGAUUGUUUCAUGUGUUUGUCUCUCUGUGAUUUACAGAAUGGGGUUAAAAAAAAAAGGAUUAAGUUUUUGUAUUGGAGUAUUAGAAUUAGUAUUACUAUUAGAGGGAUCUUGACAUGACUACAGGCCACUUCUGUGAGUUCUGAGAAAGACACUGACAACAGAUCCACAGCACCAAGAUGAGAAGCCUGAUUGAAAUCAAAACAGAUUACCUUGUAAAUGAUUCUGUAUAUAAUAAUGUUUUUUGGUUUACUGUAUGUUAAGGUUUGUGUUUUUAAAGUUUUAUGCUUACAAAGUUUUACUUCACAGUUAAUUCAGGUAAAAUAGCAUCAAAAUAUGCACAUAAAACCUCUCUUUCAACUUCAGAGAGAUCAAUAGACCCUUGAUGAAGUUAGAUUGUUACACACCUAACAUUUUGAACGUUUAGCUCUUUAUGGAAAGUAGUAAUGUUUUGUUUCUGUUUCCAUGUGUGAUAAUAUCAUUAAAAUUAGAUCAUCAGAUUAGUGUGAUGACUAAGAAGUUCACUUUUAAUUCUGUAAGUAACCUGCACCAAUAAUUCAGCU